AUGCUGUGCUCUGGAGAUCGGGAGAAGGGCGAUGUGGCCAUGGAAGAGAAAUGGGACUACGUGAACCUAGAUGACUUCAAGUCCGAGUCUUGCUGGACUCCCUUCUCAUACUUCUUCCUUUGGGUCUUUCUUAUUGUCUCCCUCGCAGUCUACGGUGUCGACACAUUCACUGCUGUCAACCUUUUGGCGUUCUCUCGUUGGUCCGGUAGAGUUGAACCGGCCAUUCCCUUCAACAUCUCCCGGUGGAUUUUCGCCGCUUGUAUCAUCGCAUCCUUCGUUAUUCUCGCAUACCGGUGGUUCCAUGCAAUCCGUGCCAUUCGCUCGGGUAGUAUUACACGCAGCUUUCUGGACCCUCUCGCUGUGCGCAUUCAAAGUAUUCGUUUCGGCAAGCAGGGUCGCGGUUACCGGAGGUUCCUGCUUUUUGCCGAAUUGACAAAGGACCGCAAGGCUGCUGAAUAUGUUGCUUUGUACGCCCACUUUUCUUUCCAAUUUUGGAUGAACACAAUCUUUGCAGAUGGUCCCCGUCAGGUGAUUAACGCAAUCACCCUUUACUCGGUGAUGCAGAUGGAUUUGAUCCCCGGUGGAAAAAAUGCGGCUCACGAUGAUGGCUCUUCUUCGUUCAGCCAGUUCUUCAACAAUGUGAAAAUCCUUGCCGAGGACAACAACCUCCAAGCCGUGGUGUUGUUUGGUAUGCUCUUCACUCUGAUCAUCUGGGUCUUGUCAGUCCUCAAGUUGAUCUCCGCAAUCGUCCUCUACUUGAUCUUCCUAUUCCACCAUAUUCCAGCUGAGGAUGGUACUCUAUCGAGGUACUGUCGUCGCAAGGUGGGCCAGCGCUUGAAGCGCAUUGUGCACCGCAAGAAUAACAAAGCAUUGGCGAAGGGGCUGAAGUUGCAGAACCGAGCGCCCACUCAACCCAGCCUGGCAGCCUUCGAUACAAAGCCGACACUGCCGACUUUCUCCAGUGAUAAAGAACCCGCAGUGACAACCAUAUCGCGAAGCACCACCCAAACAACACUCCCUACUUACUCACGCUCAAACUCAUCCGCCGCACGAGGAAACAAUCCAACGCUACCGAAUUUGGACUUCGAUAGCAAGCCUCCCUUGGCUCGAACUGCGACGUCUUCUUCGGCCAUGUCCGAGUCAGCUUCUCUGACUGGGAACGCGGCCGGGAUGGGCUACAGCCCGAUUGACAGCCAGCACCCGACUCUGCCACCGGUUCCUCCUUUGCCGGCGAAUGUUCCCCACCGAAUGGCAACACCGCACUCCCGAGCGACUCCUGCGCCACAUGGCAACGGACCGAAUCACCACGGCGCAGGCGCUGGGUAUCGGAGCUUGACUGAAGGCAGCUCAGACUCACAGCCGUACCAGAGCUACACACCGGCCCCUGGGUAUGGCUCGUCUGACAGACCGGGCUCUGACGAGUACGAUUACUCCGAUCGGGCUCACGAGCCAGCGCAUUAUGACCCAUACGCUUCAAGGGCUGCGCCUCACUCCAACCCCCAGCCGGAUUACUACCAACACGAUCCCUACUCGGCGCGAUCUUACACGCCGGCUAGCGCAGGUGCUACACCUGCCCCUUAUCGCUCAUAUACCCCUGCGAGCUACCGGCCCACUCCUCCACCAGCUGCGGUCCAGCAGCCCCAAAGGAGCUUCACGCCCAUGACCUCUGCGACGCCUGCACCGCAAACGGGUGGAUAUGCUGCUUUCAACCCACCGAUGCCGUCUCAAGGGACUCAAUCUCGUUCUCAAAGACCGCCACCCGCGGAGAGCUACAAUCGUGCGAAUACCGUAUCGCCGUCGGCCAUGCACCGCGCCCCACCAGGCCACUCUUUCAAUCGUGCCAACACCCAUCAAUAUUGA